UUAUGUAACGUCCCGUGUAUAAUUUGAGCAUAUAAAUGUUCAAAUAAGAUUAGUUUAGGUAAAAUUAGAAUUUUAAGUGUUUCUCACACUUCGUCGCUGUUUUGAACGUUUAUUUCUAAACAAACUACAAGUGUAAAUAAUCUUAAAUUAAAUAAAAGAUAUCAGAACGUUCUCUUCAAGAAAACAAUUAUUUCUAAAACGUCUAAAAUUCUCAAAACCUUAAGCUCAAAAUCAACAGUUCCGAAAAUUAAAAUAGAGAAGAAUUGUAUUUUGAAGAUAUCAUUCUGAUAUCUCCUGUAAAUAAAGUCAGCAUAGUUGAAUAAUCUAGCGUAACUAUCUAAAUAUCCCGAGCACCGAUGCACUCUUGCAAACAACAAGACCUAACUAUUUUUUAUGUAAAGUAUGAGAAUGAGUGAUUUAAUUAUAAAUAAUGAAUAAUAAUUGUUUAAAUGUUUAAAUUUUAUUGUUAAUUAACUUUAAUUAAUUUUGAUUUCUUUAAUUGGAUUUAAUUAUUUAAAAUAUUUCAAGUUUUUAUUAUAAAUUAAUUAUUUCACAGACAAAUCAUUGUGUAUAAUUGUUUAUAAAUAUUAUUUGAACAUUUGAAUUAUUAUUACUCAUUUUUGAUUAUUAUUAAUUUUUAAUUCAAUUAUUUUAAAUUACUUUUCAAACGUUUUAGAAUAAUUUUGUUAAAUAUAAAGAAUAUUCUAUACUUUUAUAAUAAAAAUUAAAUUAACAAACAAAUUAAACAAUUUUAAAUAAAUUUUAAUUAUUUUUAAUUAUUCAAAUUAAUUUUUAAUCAUUAAUUAACAAUUUAAGUAUACAAAAUUCUUUAUAUUUUAAAACUUUAAUAAUUAAUUAUAUUUUAUUGUUAAAAAUUAUUGUUAAUAACUUUUUAACUAAUAAUAUUAAUAUUCAUAAUGUUUAAAUUAAUUUUUAAUAUUAAUAAUGUGAAAAUUAUGAAAAACUCAGAAAUUGGUUGGAAAACUGAAUUUUGGCUCCAUCUCUUGAAAACGGUCAAAACUUUAAGCCCCUUCCACUUGAAAACUCCCCUAAUUCAAGUACGCCCACGCAACUUCUUAUCUCUCAAGGCUGGGCCUGAAGGGCCCAAUACCGUCACUGACCUAACCAGUUUUUUCCCAUUUUCUUUCCUUGGAUCCAAUCCUUGUAAUUUCCCAACCUCUUUUUCCUCCACUUUGAGACCCAUUAUUUUAAAACAUAGUUCCAUCCCUAAAAAUAGGUAGGGACAAUGAUAUAAAAAUACGAACCCCGUUGAGAAGUCAGUCAAAAAAAAACAGUCACAAAAACAGUCACAAGAAUUCUAAAAAAACUACUUCUUCCUCAAAUUCUUCUUCAAGUUCAAGUUCAAGUUCAAGUUCAAGUUCAAUUAAAUUUCAUUUUUUCUAACAAUUUUCCAAGUGUUAAAUUUAAAUUGUAUUAAAAAUUUCCACGAUUCAAGCCAAAAAUUCAACGCUUUUUCAACCAAUUUCCGAGUCUACAAGUGCCAAUUUGUUUAAAUAAAAGUUUUGUUACAGAAUGAUUGUUCUACUUUUGAGUUUUCUUUUCCUCAUUCCUUCCUUCUCAGUGGGAAUGAUUGGAUACAAUUGUGGAUCAGGAGAACUUAAUGUAACGACAAUUUCGUUACUUGAAGUAGGUCAAUGUGAUGUCCCCAACAUCAACUUAAACAUAACGUAUCCAUACAUACAACUACUUCAGAUUAGUGAGUAUUCUGAAGUAAUGGUAAGGCAGUGUAAAGUUGAAGUACGACGAACGAUAUAUCGUUGUGGAAUGUUUUCCCACAUAUCUGUAGUGCAUAACGGUGUGAAUGAAUACAUAAUGGAAACAAAUAAGGUUGAUUGCGAGAGUGCACACAUAACCGGGAUUUUAAAAUUACCAAAUAGCCAUGUAAUCAGCGGACUUCGAAUUAACGAAACUAUUACUCAUCCAAUAACAAUAGCUGGAAGUCUUGAAAAUGAUGGUUCAUGUCAGGGAACAGGUUAUUCGGAUCCCUAUGGAUCAUGGAAAAAGGUAGUUGUGCAAGCAACAGUCAAAAUAACUUUAUUAGAACACUUAGCUCGCGUGAAACUAGAGUCGAAUACAAUUGUCCUAAAAUCCGGAACUAAUUGUCGUUUAGCAGAAGAAAAAUGUGUAGAUCAGGAAGGAGGAUAUACAUAUUGGAAUACUGUACAACCGCAUUCUUGUAAAUUCGACCAAUAUAGUAUUUUGUAUGAAGGUAGAGCCAACAAAAUGGUAGAUCACGAUAUAUAUAAUCCUCAAACCAUUUAUACUGUUAAUAAAGGCGAAGUUACAUUUGCUUUAAAUACAAAAUCAAGCGAAUAUAUAUGUGGAUAUUUAAUCUUAAAGACGGAACACCCCAAAUUAUUCAUUUUUGAAACACAACUAGGUACUAGCUUUGUUAAAAACACAAAAAUCGCGAUCUCAAAUUUAGACUUAUUUGCAUAUGUAAAUUCCAAGUUUAUUUAUGUCGAAAAACACAUCAGGAAACAAAUGAAACAAUUGUACGUCGAUAUUGUAAGCCAAAAAUGUUACUUGGAGCAACAAACAAUUAAAAAUUCGUUAUCUCUAGCUACUCAAGCACCAGACCAAUUCGCGUUUGAUAUUAUGAAGGGUCCAGGGUAUAUGGCAUUGGUUUCAGGAGAAUCAAUCCACAUUAUUAAGUGUACCCCGAUGGAAGUAAAAAUCCAACAAGGAGAAAACUGCUACAAUGAACUUCAAGUGACCGCCAACAACAAAACAUUUUUCCUUUCUCCAAGGACACAUGUCCUAAAAACCAGAGGAACCCAAAUCCAGUGUAAUUCUCUUUUGCCAUCAUACUACCUCGUCAACGAACAUUGGUAUAAAAUACUACCACAAGUCGUCGAAGCACUCCCACCUGCAGUGAUCCAACCUUCCAAGCCCAACACGUGGAAGUAUAUCAACCCCGAGGAUUUGGCUACCAGUGGAAUCUACACCGAGAAAGAAAUUGAUCAACUCAACGAUAAAAUCAUGUUUCCUGUAGAGAAAACUGCAGUUCUAAAUAACUUAGCUAUGAGUAUGAGUGGACAUCAAAUCAUCUCUACCAAUGACAAUGUUCUGAAUCUAUUUAAUGAACAAGUUGUCGAAAAAUUCGUAAACAACACUUGGAAUAAGAUGUGGGAUAAAUUUAUGGUUUUCGGUACGGCAAGUGCUGGAGUUUUUGCAAUCUUCACCAUUUUUCACCUCCUCAAAUCUGUGGUGAACACACUAGUCCAUGGAUACACUCUUCAUUCCAUCUAUGGUUGGUCCAUUCAUCUAUUAGGUGCAAUCUGUGGGUCUGUAGCUCAUUUAUUAGUACAUCUGGGUACUCGACCACCCCAACCUGAAGAUGUUCCGUUACAAGAAGUCACUUCGCAAGAAACGAAAGAAGUCCCAGCGGCAGAAGCUCCUCCUUCACAACAACUAUAUCCUUCAAAUGAACUACAACAACAAAGAGGAUACUUCAACUUAAAUACUUAAUUUUGGGAAUUGAGUUUCAAGAAACCAAAGCCUACCUCAAAACUUUUCAUCCGCAAAUAUAAAAUAUCUGUACAAUUUUUUUUUUUUGUUUGGUCACUUUUCGUCUUUCAUCCUCAAGUAACCAUUUUACGGCUGGGGUGUAACGUCCCGUGUAUAAUUUGAGCAUAUAAAUGUUCAAAUAAGAUUAGUUUAGGUAAAAUUAGAAUUUUAAGUGUUUCUCACACUUCGUCGCUGUUUUGAACGUUUAUUUCUAAACAAACUACAAGUGUAAAUAAUCUUAAAUUAAAUAAAAGAUAUCAGAACGUUCUCUUCAAGAAAACAAUUAUUUCUAAAACGUCUAAAAUUCUCAAAACCUUAAGCUCAAAAUCAACAGUUCCGAAAAUUAAAAUAGAGAAGAAUUGUAUUUUGAAGAUAUCAUUCUGAUAUCUCCUGUAAAUAAAGUCAGCAUAGUUGAAUAAUCUAGCGUAACUAUCUAAAUAUCCCGAGCACCGAUGCACUCUUGCAAACAACAAGACCUAACUAUUUUUUAUGUAAAGUAUGAGAAUGAGUGAUUUAAUUAUAAAUAAUGAAUAAUAAUUGUUUAAAUGUUUAAAUUUUAUUGUUAAUUAACUUUAAUUAAUUUUGAUUUCUUUAAUUGGAUUUAAUUAUUUAAAAUAUUUCAAGUUUUUAUUAUAAAUUAAUUAUUUCACAGACAAAUCAUUGUGUAUAAUUGUUUAUAAAUAUUAUUUGAACAUUUGAAUUAUUAUUACUCAUUUUUGAUUAUUAUUAAUUUUUAAUUCAAUUAUUUUAAAUUACUUUUCAAACGUUUUAGAAUAAUUUUGUUAAAUAUAAAGAAUAUUCUAUACUUUUAUAAUAAAAAUUAAAUUAACAAACAAAUUAAACAAUUUUAAAUAAAUUUUAAUUAUUUUUAAUUAUUCAAAUUAAUUUUUAAUCAUUAAUUAACAAUUUAAGUAUACAAAAUUCUUUAUAUUUUAAAACUUUAAUAAUUAAUUAUAUUUUAUUGUUAAAAAUUAUUGUUAAUAACUUUUUAACUAAUAAUAUUAAUAUUCAUAAUGUUUAAAUUAAUUUUUAAUAUUAAUAAUGUGAAAAUUAUGAAAAACUCAGAAAUUGGUUGGAAAACUGAAUUUUGGCUCCAUCUCUUGAAAACGGUCAAAACUUUAAGCCCCUUCCACUUGAAAACUCCCCUAAUUCAAGUACGCCCACGCAACUUCUUAUCUCUCAAGGCUGGGCCUGAAGGGCCCAAUACCGUCACUGACCUAACCAGUUUUUUCCCAUUUUCUUUCCUUGGAUCCAAUCCUUGUAAUUUCCCAACCUCUUUUUCCUCCACUUUGAGACCCAUUAUUUUAAAACAUAGUUCCAUCCCUAAAAAUAGGUAGGGACAAUGAUAUAAAAAUACGAACCCCGUUGAGAAGUCAGUCAAAAAAAAACAGUCACAAAAACAGUCACAAGAAUUCUAAAAAAACUACUUCUUCCUCAAAUUCUUCUUCAAGUUCAAGUUCAAGUUCAAGUUCAAGUUCAAUUAAAUUUCAUUUUUUCUAACAAUUUUCCAAGUGUUAAAUUUAAAUUGUAUUAAAAAUUUCCACGAUUCAAGCCAAAAAUUCAACGCUUUUUCAACCAAUUUCCGAGUCUACAAGUGCCAAUUUGUUUAAAUAAAAGUAAGUCUUAUAUUAAAUUGCUGUCUAACUUUCAUCUAAAUCUUUUUCUUGUCAUCUCUAAAUAAUUCCGAAGAAUAUUAAUGCGUUAAUCGUGUUCUUAUUUCUUCAAUUUCCUUGUCGUAUUUUUGUAUUUACCAUAAUUUUCAUUACCUUACCUAAGGAUUUUAAUGCGUUUAUCGCGUAAUUAUUCCUUUAAUUUCCCCGCGAAAAUCCCUAUUUACAUAUAUUGAUCAAUUUGAAUCGUUCCCGAGUUAGUGGACGCAAGUCUAGACUCGAAACAUAAAAUAAGAGAAUAUUUCCGAAUAUUCUCUGAAAUUUAUACUUGCGUUAUGCAUCCGACGUAACAAUUAUUA